AUGAACCAAUAUGGACUCGUAGCGGUAAUUGCCGUGUUAGUGACGGUUUACCACAACCUCUUCGCCCCGGUGCCUGGAAACGAGACAGCGCCUUUGCACCUUAAGCUCACGUACUUUGCAGGCCCUGGUCGUGCAGAACUAUCGCGUUUGAUUCUAUCGGUCGGCAACGUGUCUUUCGAGGACGAGCGUUUGGAUCGCGAUGCCUUCCUGGCCACUAAGCCAACGCUACCCCUCGGUCAGGUGCCAGUACUGGAAGUGGGUGGCACCACUUAUAGUCAAAGCAUGGCCAUAGCUCGAUACGCCGCUAAGCUUAGCGGUUUAUACCCGCAAGAUCCUCUCGAGUGUCUGCGGGUGGAUAUGGUGUCCGAGUCGCUUAUCGACAUCAAGACGCUCAUCUCGGAUAUUACGUACCGCACGCUGGAUGAGACCGCCAAGGCUGAGAAGAUUGAAAAGCUGCUGAAGGAGAGCGUGCCGAAGACUUUUAACCUUCUCGAAGGGUUCGUGCAGGACUUCUUCUUUUUGGGUGAAACGAUGACGUAUGCAGAUUUGCAACUGUUCGACGUAGUGAAGAAUGGACUCAGCAACUACGCGGCUUUCUCUUUGGAAAUGUUUCCGAAGCUCACGGCGCUCGUGGCCAAAGUGGAGACCAAUGCUAACGUGGCAGCCUAUUUGGCCAAGCACUUAAAAGAGUAA